CUCGUAUUGAGAAACCCUGCCAUUGGUCGUGGUACGAACAUUGCCAGGAUUUGAGGGUUCAUCGAAACCAUUCUCGCCGCUCAUGCAGAAAAAGGAAGGGUAUGAUAGGAGUGACGGAUAUUGUCUUGUACAUAGAACCGUGACUUGACGUCAAAUCCUCUUGUGCUCAACAGAACUGAGAAAGAGUAUUAAGGCAAAGUCUAGAAUGUCAGUUUAGUAUUGAUACACGCAACAACAGGAUUCGAUACCUCGCUCUCUUCUACAAAAUACUUCAUCAUGGAGAAAACCGUCGGUGUCGUUGGUCUUGGUGUCUAUCGGCAUGUAGCUGCAAGCACGGAUACUACCUUUGAAAACACUCCAUAUCGUAUGGCAGCCAUCGUCGAUCUAAGUAAUCCUCCCGAAGCUUUCAGGUACACGCCUCACAAUUUGGGCGUUGUUCUCCAUUGCCUCCAGCCCAGACCUCUGGUCUUUGUGACUGGUGCUGCGAUUAGCCAUGAGAUGACGAAUGAAUCCAUACGAGUUUGGGAAGAAUUUGUGAAAGCCACAGGCACUGAAAAGACUCUGGUCAUCAAUCUUCAAGGAGAUCCUCCGGCGGACGGAAAUUGGAGAGCCGAGAUAAUGCGUAGAUUGGACGAAAAGUACAGGAACAACAACACGUCAAACUGA